AUAUAUAUGUAUAAGUUUCUCCUUCCCGGUCUGCAAAUUAAAUAGUAAGAUAGGACCCAGUCAUUUUUCGUGCCGCAGACAGAGAAACCAGAAAGAAAGGGGGGAAACAAGAACCGGCGUCGCUUUGAGAGGGUAGGAAAAUCAAACCGAUCGUAUAUCUCGUUGGGUUAAGUUGCCGGUUGAGGAUGUUGGAACAGCUCCUUAUCUUCACCAGAGGGGGAUUGAUCCUGUGGACGUAUAGGGAGCUCGGGAACGCGCUCAAGGGAUCUCCGAUCGACGCCUUGAUCCGAUCUUGCCUCUUGGAGGAGCGAUCCGGCGACGCAUCUUACAACUACUCGGCUCCUGGUGCCGCUUACACCUUGAAAUGGACGUUCCACAACGAUCUCGGCCUCAUCUUCGUCGCCGUCUUCCGUCAAUUCCUCCAUCUCCUCUACGUCGACGAUCUGCUGGCCGCGGUGAAGCGAGAGUUCUCCCAGAUCUACGACCCUAAGCGCGUGGUCUACCCUGAUUUUGACGAUACCUUCCGCCAGCUGCAGAUUGAGGCGGAGACGAGGGCAGAGGAGAUGAAGAAAUCGAAGCAGCUCGUGAAGCCUGCCGCGGCGUCGUCCCUGAACAAGAAGCAGCAGGGAAAUGGAGGCAGCGGAAACAAUCAAAAGAAGAGCGGUUCUUCUAAAGGGGGAAAGGGGGGGAAAGAGAACGGGGAUGGCGAUUCCGGUGUUGCAAAGAUAGGGUUGUUUGAGAAUGGGACCGGUAGGUCGUUCAGCGGCAGCAAUAAUGCUGUCCCUGGCGUUGAUAACAGCGAAAGCGAUCAAACGGGCCCGGUGUCAACUGCUUUUGAUGUAAAUAAGCUUCAGAAAUUACGUUCCAAAGCAGGGAACAAAAAAACAGAGGCUGCAGCCAAAAAGGACUCUAGGCCUGAGCUGCAGAAGAAAAAACUGACCAAGAAAAACCGAGUCUGGGAUGAUUCGCCGACGGAGACGAAGCUGGAUUUUACUGAUCCUGUGGAUGAGAAAGGGGACGAGGCAGUUGUUCCGGUAAUGGGAGAUCAAGGAACGAGUAUGAUGGAUAGGGAUGAAGCUUUUACCAGUGAAAGCGAGGAUGAUGAUGAUGAUGAUGACAAUUCUGACCAGAUAGAUAAGAACGCAAAGCCUGAGGGUUCCAAGAAGAAAGGAUGGUUCUCCUCGAUAUUCCAAAGCAUCUCUGGCAAUACAGUUCUUGAAAAAGCAGAUCUGGAACCUGCUCUAAAGGCUCUGAAAGAUCGCCUUAUGACAAAGAACGUGGCUGAGGAAAUUGCUCAGAAACUUUGUGAAUCAGUUGCCGUGAGUCUUGAAGGAAAAAAACUGGGUUCGUUUACAAGGGUUUCAUCAACAGUUCAGGCUGCAAUGGAAGAAGCUCUUCUACGAAUUUUGACUCCAAGACGAUCAAUUGAUAUCUUGAGGGAUGUUCACGCUGCGAAGGAGCAAGGGAGGCCAUAUGUGAUUGUUUUUGUUGGUGUUAAUGGCGUUGGCAAGUCUACGAAUCUUGCUAAGGUUGCUUACUGGCUGCUCCAGCAUAAUGUGACUGUUAUGAUGGCUGCUUGCGAUACAUUUAGAUCUGGUGCAGUUGAGCAGCUUCGGACUCAUGCUCGUAGACUUCAGAUUCCUAUAUUUGAGAAAGGCUAUGAGAAGGAUCCUGCAAUUGUAGCGAAGGAAGCUAUCCAUGAAGCUAGCCAAAAGCACACGGAUGUUGUUCUUGUGGAUACAGCCGGAAGAAUGCAGGACAAUGAGCCACUGAUGAGAGCUCUCUCCAAGUUGAUUAACCUCAACAGCCCUGACCUAGUUCUGUUUGUUGGAGAGGCGCUUGUUGGUAAUGAUGCUGUUGAUCAGCUGUCGAAGUUUAAUCAGAAACUAGCAGAUUUUUCUACGGCGACUAAUGCAAGGUUGAUUGAUGGUAUUCUGCUGACAAAAUUCGACACAAUUGAUGACAAGGUUGGAGCUGCACUUUCCAUGGUUUACAUCUCAGGGGCGCCAGUGAUGUUUGUUGGCUGUGGACAAUCUUACACUGACCUCAAGAAGCUUAAUGUGAAAUCCAUCGUGAAAACCUUGUUGAAGUAAGAAUGGGUAUUCUGGUUUUGCCAUUUGCUAGGUUUUCUGCCGAACAGUCCCCAAUGACCUCAUUGACUUUGCUUCCUGAGGUUAAUUACCUGACGUGUAUGCAAUCUUAACAAGUUUCGCUUGUGGAUUAGUAGCGUGUGCUGAGUGUUUGUCUUGGUGUUGCUAAAUUUUUCUGUUUUCAAGUUAUUCACUGAAUGAAUAGGAAAUGUGAACAUUUAGGA